GAUCAUCCUGCAUCAACCGCAUUCGCAUAUACUAUUCAUACAUUGAACACACUUACACGCACACACACCCACUCAAACCACCAAAUGCCUUCCUACGUCAUCACAGGAGCCUCUAGGGGCAUUGGUUGGGCACUCCUGGAAAACGCCUCUAGGUCGCAGGAGAACAAGGUUGUCGGCCUCGUCCGAGACAAGGCCACGGUUGACAAGCGCGUAGCCGACGAGCUCAAGGACCGCAGCAACAUCACCAUAAUUCAGGCCGAUCUGGUGGACUAUGCUGCACUUGAGCGUGCUGCCAAGCAGACGGCAGAGCUGACUGGUGGAAGCCUUGACUAUCUCAUUGCCAAUGGCGCCAUGAUGGGCUUUACUGAUGUGUACGACGUUGAGAAUUACGUCAAAUACAAUGGCGUCGAAGGCGCAGUAAAAUACCUCCGCGACUCACUCGAGACCAACGUCGUUGGCAACUUCAACCUCUACUCCCUCUUCACUCCUUUGAUCCUCAAGGGCGAGAAGAAGAAGGUGCUGUCGGUUUCGUCUGGACACGCCGACCUGUCUCUCGUAACUGAAUACGGACUCGAUGCAAGUGUCGCGUACGCGGCCAGCAAGGCCGCCCACAACAUGAUCACGGGCAAGUUCCACGCCCGCUACGCCAAGGACGGCGUUCUGUUUAUAAGCGUGUGCCCCGGCACCGUGGACACCCUUGACUAUUCGGGCUUGAACGAAGGACAGCAAGCCGCAAUGGGCAACAUGCAGGCCAUCUUCAAAAAGUACCAGCCCGAAUGGAGUGGCCCCAAGUCUGCCUCGGACUCGGCCGCUCAGCUGCUGAAGAUACUUGACGAAUCCACCAUCGAGGCCAAGGGUGGAAAGUACUUUUCGCACACUGGCACUGACAAGUGGCUGUGAGCAAUAUCUUUUGAAUUUAGAAGGAAUGCACUUCAACAGGGUUUGCAGCAAUUGGGGAGCCUUUUGCUACAUUUGUUUAUUUGCCUGCAUCUUUGAAUGUUGUUGGAUAGGAAAACAACAAAUAACAAUAGCAAACCACAAUAUAGAUUUCUAUUUCACUUGAGGAUGGUUCCCCACUGUAU